AUGCCCUCCCAUCACCGUCCCACUCAUGGGAUCUAUGAUAAUGGAGUGACAGAGACGAUCAUAUGCCACCGUCACAACUGCUGCUCUCACGCGAGAUCCGGAAGAGACAAUACUCGCUCAUCGAGCCCUACCGUGGACAACAAGUCGAACGGAGUUCCCCAGAGCUCCAGUCAAGGAGAUGAUGGCCAGGGGGGUCAGGACUCGAGAUCUGUGCCGUUUCUGAACCAAGGUAGACUCGACGUACCGCCUUCGAGCCUGUCAAUGAAACGCUUCUUACAAGCUGAAGGUGCUAUCCACUACAUCUACACCCACACCAGCAGCGAGCAGCGCGAGGAAGCCCGAAGGCGAGGGCGAAGAGCGAAAGCGCUAGGUGGCCCAGAGCACUGGAAGAUGGAGCGUGAUAAAUCUGUGGACUAUGCCAGGAGUCCGCGAGAUGGAAGCACUGGCGAACAAGCUGGCAUCGAAAUCGACAUCCUGAAGUAUCUAAAGCUUUUCCUUGACGACGGGCGGGAAUGGGCUAUUGCAGCUGACGCUUUGAUAGACAUCAGCGAGGAUGCUUUAAUGGAGCUUGGUCAGCCUAUUGAAAACGAAGACCGCCCGACUCCGGUUCUACCAGGUGCGAGCCAAGCUUCGCUUGGACCCGAGGGCUCAUCAAUCCCCGAAGCAGCCCAAGGAUUUCGAUCAGGAUCGGGCCAUACAACUCGGAGAAUCUCAGCCUCUCACAGCAGACCAGAUCCCGUUGAAGUUGAAGUGGAGCAGCCGUCUACACCACAAGCUUCUGUCGCACCCAGUGGUUCGUCAGAUCGUCUGCCAUCGCAUGGAUUUAGGUCACAACGACGUACGUCUGAAAGGGCUCCGGCGUCUGGAAACACGCCGUACCCGGUUGACGGAGAGCAAGCUCAGCCUGUGGUCAACAUGUCGACGAGUCAUUCCGUCAGCCAAGCCGUCCGACCAAGAUCGAUUCCUGCAGCCGGGAGACCUCAAUCCUCCGCAAAUGGUCGAGAUCAUGUUGCCGAAGGUCCUGCUUUGAUCGAACCUGUUCUGCCUUCAAAUCGCUCAGCUGGCCCAGCAUCUCGAUCAGGGUCGCCUCUUGUGGAUGAAACGCGAUCAAGCCCCGAGAACGGACCCCGUCCACGGAAUCGGGAACAGCAGGAAACAUCAUCUCAAAGGCCGUCUAGGUCCAAGAAGAAGAAAUGCUGGUUCGACUUGUUCAGCGGGACUGGGAUGUGUUGGCCCUCCACCAAGGCUGCAAAGCCAUCUGAGAAGCAGCACAAGAGUGUGAUUCCAACAUUCUCCAGAUCUUCGAAUCAGAUCUGUCUCGGUUGUGGGACCAAUGACUUUCCCACGGCCUUCGUGGAGUCGAUGCGCAUGUCUGGAGGAGGCUUCAUGCUCGGGGCCGCAAAGCUGAGAUUUGGGAAACGAUGA